UGUCAGUUUUCAAUAGAUGCACAUUUUCUUCAUUCCGGCACUCUUCUAAAAGCUACAAAAUGAAACUAUUAACGUACAAUUUCCUCACUUCAAAGUGUAUUCGCGGUGUUCAAGUGGGUUAUCCAUUGAAGCUGAGCAUUGUGGAGACAAAAGUCGUACACACGGAUUUUAAUUCGGAAUUCAUCACCCGAAUGUUGCCCCGAUUGGAAUGGAAUGCUAUAUGUGCUGCAGCGACCAAUAUUGGUUCCGAAAUCCCUCAGACCAUGCCGGCAGACAUCCAGAACGAUGCCGAAACCUUGCAAAAGCUACACCACGUACUGCUCGAGGUUGAUGUCAUUGAAGGUAGCCUCGAAUGUCCGGAGACUGGGCGAGUUUUUCCGAUCAUCAACGGAAUUCCAAAUAUGCUGCUAAACGAGAACGAAGUUUAAGGUGGUUCCCGCGCUGUAUGUUGUGUUUAAGAAUAAAUGUAAAAA